AUGGUCCCCAGCAUCAAGCUCUGCGUCAUCGCCCUCCUCGGCGCAGCCUCUGUCCAGGCUGCACCUGCGACUGACAUUGUGCCUACUGUCGCCUCCGCGCUGGAACGCCGGGCGUCUAGCUGUACUUUCACCGGCUCCAAGGGAGCUGCCUCUGCCAUCGCGGCCAAAACCUCUUGCUCGACCAUCACUCUGAACAAUGUUGCCGUCCCCGCCGGAACUACCCUCGAUCUCACUGGACUGAAGAAGGGAACCAAGGUCAUCUUUGAGGGCGAGACCACUUUCGGCUACAAGGAAUGGUCCGGACCCCUCGUCUCCGUGUCUGGAACCGACAUCACCGUCACAGGUGCCUCUGGCGCUGUCUUGAACGGUGACGGUGCCCGGUGGUGGGACGGCAAGGGCACUAACGGCGGCAAGACGAAGCCCAAGUUCUUCUAUGCUCACAAGAUGAUCAGUUCCAGCAUCCAGAGCCUCAAGAUCAAGAACUCGCCCGUCCAGGUCUUCAGCAUCAACGGUGCCAGCGAGCUCACCCUGAACAAGAUCACCAUUGACAACGCCGACGGCGACAGCGGCGGUGGCCACAACACCGAUGCCUUCGACGUCGGCUCCAGCACCGGUGUCUACAUUACCAACCCCACCGUCCACAACCAGGACGAUUGCUUGGCCGUCAACUCCGGCAAGAACAUCCACUUCACCGGCGCCACCUGCACCGGCGGCCACGGUAUCUCCAUCGGCUCCGUCGGCGGCCGCUCAGACAACACCGUCGACACCGUCAACAUCGAAAACUGCAGCAUCACCAACUCUCAGAACGGCGUGCGCGUCAAGACCGUCUACGGCGCCACCGGCUCCGUCAAGGGCGUCACUUACAAGGACAUCACCCUGUCCGGCAUCACCAAGUACGGCGUCGUCAUCGAGCAGGACUACAAGAACGGCAGCCCAACUGGCAAGCCCACCAACGGCGUCCCCAUCACCGGCCUCACUCUGAACAACGUCAAGGGCACCGUUUCCAGCAGCGCUACUGAUAUCUACGUCCUCUGCGCGUCUGGCGCUUGCUCUGGCUGGGACUGGAGCGGUGUUAGCGUCAAGGGUGGAAAGACUAGCAGCAAGUGCUCCAAUGUGCCUAGCAGUGCUAGCUGCUAA